GGCGCGCGGGCGGAGCGCGGCGGUCGGAGGGAUCCGGCCAAGGCGCCCGGGCGCGGGGCUUCGUGGCGCUAGCGCGCGGCGGCGGCCGCCGUGGGCUGUGGACGGCGGGGACGGGCGACGUGGACUCACACGUCUAGAAAGUGAUUUGCGGUGGAAGAGUUGUUGGUAAAUUUGCUCUGGCAACCCUUGUAAAACCUGGCGUUCCUAUGUGGACUGUCAUCUAGUAAUAGUUUAGAAAAUGAGUCUUUGCGGCCACCUUGUUAUCAUAAAAAGGAGCGGGAUCGACGGUACCCAUUUCCCCCUGCGGCGCCAAACCUGUUUAUUUGGAAGGGGUACCGAAUGUGACAUCCGUAUCCAGCUUCCUGUAGUAUCAAAACAACAUUGCAAAAUUGAAAUCAUUCAGCAGGAGGUAGUGUUGUCUAAUUUGAGUAACACAAGUCCAACACAAUUAAAUGGCAUUACUGUUUAUGAACCAGUAAAGUUAAAACAUGGAGAUAUAAUAACUAUUGUCGACCGCUCUUUCAGGUAUGAAUGUGAAAGUCAUCGGAAAGGAAUCAGGACAAUUGAUUUUCCAGAACAAAGAAGUGACCAGGGAUCGCCGCGUUGUCUAUCAAGACUGAGCUUGUCUCACGAUCCUGAUGGAAAAGAUCAGCAUCCCAAUGCCCAUUCAAAGUUCACUGAAGAAAGUAUUUUAGGAAGGUCUCCAGUGCCUCUCAGGAAUGUCAAAGGAAAUAGGGCUUCAGAUGGCUCAGAAGAUCCUGUUACCAGGAAAACACCUCAGGCAGCUCACAGCAACUACAGUCCUCAGUAUUCAGAACACCCAGAAAAUAAUGGCAGAACAGCAACUGAUCCUACCAGGGAUUUUAAAGAAGAUAUUCCCAGGGUGACGUUAACUAGCUGUAAUCAAGAAUUGAAGUCUGUUCAGGGUAGGCAGUAUUUGGAGAGUAUAGAAAAAAAUGAAUCUCCCUUCAAGAAACUCUAUGGGUCAAUGAAAGAGGAGUUAGAUGUCAAAUUACAAAAAGAAAAUGUUGCACAAAAUCUUAGAAAAUCGGGAACGCAGACGCCUGUAUCAAGAAAAGAAAGUGUCGAGGGUUUACACGGGGAGAGAAGUGAAUCAAGACUGAAAUCCUGUAGGAGGAGCCAAAAGGCAAACCCUGCAUCGAAUGAGUGGGAAACUACCCAGAUGGAGGAAAGGGAGACAAAUGUGGAGCCCUGUCAGAUUUCCAGGGAGGCCCAGAACUCGAGCAGUCCUCUUGCUGAGAUGACGAAAAUGAAGACCCCAGUUCAAAAUGCACAACCACAAAAUUCUUCACGAAAACGUAAGAGUAAAGAACUGAGUACUACUGCUGGAAGUUUUUCUGUGAACUCUGAGAAAAAUGAAGGCUCACAGGCAAAAAGUUUGACACUUACUCCUAGUAAGUUAAUAAUUAAAGAACAAACACCAGUUAAAGUUGCAGAUACUAUUGAUUCAGGAAAUACACCAAAAAAGCUCUCUUCCAGAAGGAGGGUGAGUAGUCCUUCAUGUGCUGAAGUUCUGCCUCACUCUACAGAAGCAGAUCUGCAAGGACAAGUGUAUCUUGCUAAGCUCUUCGCUCAAGUUGAAAGGAAGAUUCAGAACGAUACCCUGAGCAAGCCGGGAAAUUUGAAUGCUAAAGCUGGACAGAUGCACUCCAACCCACCCAAUACUAGUUCACUUGACAUCAGUGACUUUGACAAUUCCAUUUCGGCCCCUAUUGACAAGGAUGAGGAAAUGUCUUUGAAAAGGAGGAGGGUGUCCUUUGGUGGUCGCCUAAGACCUGAGUUAUUUGAUGAAAAUUUACCUCCUAAUACACCUCUCAAAAGAGGAGAAAUUCCAGGGAAAAGAAAAUCUCUUGGAACCCGAGCUCCAGCUGUUCUGAAGAAAAUCAUCAAAGUACAACCUCAAACACCAGGCAAAGAAGAAUCUUCAGAAAUCCGUUUGGAGGUGACUUCUGCACAAAACAUGUUGCUGAGCUCUUUGGCCUUUAGUUCUGAGACAGUUCCGCCAGCUGCACACGAUCAGAGCCCCACGUCACCCCAGGCUCCUUCAGUCUCCAGUGGCAUCUCGCUUCCCCCUCAGGGAGCUGCAGCUAAGAGAGGAGGGAGGAGGAGUGGGAGCUUAACUUUGAAGAGAAGGUCCUUUGAUAAAAGCAAACAUGAUACUUUACAGAUGAUUUAUUCCAAAAGGCAGAGUGGUGCUUCUGAAGCCAAUUUAAUUGUUGCGAGAUCCUGGGCAGAUGUUGUAAAACUGGGAGUUAAGAAACCACAAACUAAGGCUGUAAAAUAUGGCCAUCAAAGAAGAAUAAGGAGAAAACGAAGAGCUAACACUCCAAAGAAACCCGCAAACAAUAUUCAAAAUCAAUUUAGCACAGGCCAUGCAAACUCUCCUUGUACCAUAGUAAUAGGGAAAGCGCAUAUUGAGAAAGUCAGUGGUCCUGCUUGGCCCUACAGGAUGCUGAACACUUUCGUUUUGAACAAAAAGGACUGCAAUGAAGACUUUUCAGGACUAACAGAAAUGUUUAAAACUCCAGCCAAAGAGAAACCUCAAGAGAUAAACAUAUAUCCUGACACUGUUGCAAAUUCCAAGAUUUUGCUUGAGAAAGAGUUUCAAGUAACUAAUUCAGGAGAAGAUCCUCUGCUGUGCCCUUCAGAAAAUUUUGAAAAUGUGCUCUCCAGUACUCAGAAUGUUGCAAAAGAGCUGUCUGACAAGAGUUCUGCAAGCUCAUUAGUGAAAACUCCUGAGGCCCAUAUCAUGACAAGUACUGAGAUGAAAACUCCAGAAUCUGAGAUAGAGCCUCUGAAGGUCGCGUCAAGUGCAUAUACUUUUAGAAGAUCUACAGGGCUUGGAAACAUGCAGGUGCUGUGUACAGAGAUGAAGAAUGAAAAGGUUAAACCUGACAUUGCUGAGAAUGACUUAGGAAUUAAGACUCCAAGGAAGACACCAGCCAAGGAAAAGAAUCUUGAAGGAGAGACGAAGAAAAGUGAAAGACCUAUUGAAACAUCCAAGAAAAAUGCUGAAUCAAAAGACAAUUCCGAAAAGGCAGUAGUCAUCACAAGAUCAAGAAGAACUUCAGAGCAGAAGGGUGUACCAGUAGAAGACCCAACUGCCGCACAGAGGCUGCUGACACCUAGUAAAAAAUCAGAACAAUUAGAAGAGUUGACGGGCACCAAAGAGCCUAUGGGAACACCUCAACGACCAGCAGAGCCAAUAUCCCAUGGCAAUGUUGGCAGAAAGCUUCAGAAAACUCCAACACAGAGCAAAGCAGAACCAGUAGAAAGUCCAGCAAGUAUUCAGAGACUGGAGAGCACAUCUAAGGACAAGGCAGAACCUUUGGAAGACCAAACACUUAACAGAGAGGUCUUCCAAACACCAGAGCAGACAGAGGAACGAAUAAAUGAAAAUGAAAUCACUAAAGGCCUUUGUAAAUCUCCACAGCAGAAUCCAGAACCCACAGACACUCCAACAGGCAUUCAGAGACUGUUCAAGACACCUCAGAAGAAGGGGGAGCUAGUAGAAAAGCCACUGGUGCUCAGAAAGCUUGUGGAAACACCAGACCAGGCAAAAGAACCAAUAAAUGAUGAUAAAGUCCUCAAAACAGAACAGAAACUAGAGCCAGAAGAAGAGCUAACAAAUAGCGAGAGACUGCUGAAAGCACCUAAGGAAAAGGCACCACCUGUGGAAGGUCUGGUGAUCGUCGAAGACCACCUGCAAACACAGACACCACGAGCGGUGGAGCAGCCAGUAGACGGUGACAGUGUCCACCAGAGGCUCAGGAACACUCCAAAGCAGAAGCAGGGGCCAGGAGAGCACCUAACGCUCCUCAAGAGACUGGUGAAGACACACGAAGGAAAAGCAGACCCUGUGCAAGAGCUGGCAGGUAUCAGAGAACCAUCACUAAUCUCCAAAAAACUCAAGGAACAAGCCCACAGAAAGCUCAGGGACACUCCAGAACAGAAACCAGAAUCAGCAGAAUCUCUGAUGGGCUUUGGGAGAUGGCCAAGAACACCUGAGGUCAAACUGGAGCCUAUGGAAGAACUGAGGAAAUCUCCAAAGCACAAAAAGGUCUCAGGAGAGACCUUAGAGAUCCACACAAGAGUGCCCAGGACACCAAAAGUAACACUGGAACCUGCAGGAGACCUGGCUUCGGUGAUGGUGUUCCCACAAGCACCAGAACAACCUGAGGAACCCGUGAGUGGUGACAGGGCCCAGAGAAAGCUGAGAAACACCCCGAAGCGCAAACCAGAACCAGAACCAAGUCAAACAGGGGUAAAGAGACUGCUGAGAACACCUAAAGUAAAGCCAGAGUCCUCAGGGGAACUGGCAGGGGUCACCAUGUUCCCACAAGCCCUGGAAGGGCCAGAGAAGCCCCUGGAUGGGGACAGCACCUGCAGGAGGCCGAGGGGCACACCUGAGAGAAAUGCAGGCUCCACGGAAGAAGACCUGCAAACCCCAAAGCAAGCAACAUGUCCAGAUAAUGAAAGUGGCAAGAAUUCCAUAUCUCCCAGGCAGAAACGCGGGAAAAGCGAAAACCUGACCUGUCUCCAGGUACUGUUCAGGACACCUGAAGAAAAGGCAGGACCAGUGGAUGACCCGACUGGAUCUGAGGAGUCAGGAACCCCACCACAGAUGGCGGAACUGGGAGACGGGGCACCCACUGAACUCAAGAGAGCUUCCCCGGAGAAAAGUGAGGCUGCUGAGUUUCUAACAAACAUCAAGAAACUUCUGAGACCUUCUUUAAGAAAAAUACAACCAGCAGAAGACCUGUCCGGCCUCAAGAGACCAGUGCACUCUCCUAAAGCAAAGGGAGAUCAAGCAGAAGAACUGACAGGGGUCAGAAACCUUAUGAGAACCCCAAAGCAGGGAUGGGGAUCCACAGAAAAUCUGAUGAGCAGGAAGAGAUUUAUGAAAACUCCCACCAAAGUACAUCCCAUGGAAGAUCUGACAUUGCUUAUGGCAACUCCAAAUGAGGUGACAGAAGAUGUUUCAGAUAUGCCCACAAUCCUGAAGACUUAUGCACAGGAAAUGCUUAGCACCGAUUCAAACAUAUCAGAGAAAUUACAAGAAAUGCAGUUGCCUACAACACCUGAAAUAACAGAUGUGAAAAAUACUACGCAAGGAAACCAAGUCAUGGGAAAAACACUGGAACAUUCCCAGAGUGUCCAUGCUUUUCAAUUGAAAAAAAAUGUGGAUGACCUGAUAGAACUUUUGGCAUCACCAAAAGAGCACCUUGAGCCAAGUGUUACCAGUGAAUUACUGAAACCAGCAAGGAGAAAGAAACGUGCGGUUGAAGAUUUCUUGGGCAUUCAAAGGUUAAUGGCAGAACCCACACAAAAAACACCCUGUUUGGAAAUUGACUAUACUGGAUUACAGGAAAUGUUUGAUGUUGGAAACAAAAAUCAGGACGGGCCUGGGAAACAAUCUCAAGAAAACGCCUCCUGUAAUCCUCCUAGCAAUGAAUCAAAAACUGGUGCCUCUAAAACUGAAGAAUUGUUGCCAGAGAACACGGAAGGCAGAAUUGUGAGUCAAAGGACAAGAUACACCCUCAGGAAAAAGAGUGCCAGAAAAUCGCCAGAAUCUGAACAUUUGCCCAGUCAAACAGAGCAUGCGUUGGCAGAGACAAAUGUCAAAGCUGAGCUUCAUUUACAAGAGAAGCCAAGUCGGGGAAUGUCCCUACGUUCCAGACACAGACACAAAACUGACACAGAACUGCAGGGGUCUCAGUUGCUCACGUCAGCAGAAAAGAUUGAAAUAAAUAAAGGUGAAAAGACUGUGAAGAGCUUCCAAGAGGAGAACUCAGAAGGCGGAGCAAUGAAACAAAAGACAGUGACCCUAAGAUCUAGGGGCAAAAGUAAACCUGGUGUCAGUAUGCAGGAAUCUGAUAGUUUGGCUAGUUUAACAGAGGCUAUGCACAGGGAGAACAAUGACAAACCAGUGACGAGUUUGCAAGAAAAAGCUAAAUCUACAAAUGAAGAGAAGAUGUUUUUAAGAUCUAAAAAAAGGAUCAAAACUAAUUUCGAAGAGAAAACUCACCCAAAGACUGUAAUGCCUAUGAAUAAUGUACAGGAGAAGAACUUGGAAGACAUGGAGAUAAAUCAAGACACAAUACUCUCCUCCUCUAGAAACCAAAGUAAAAAAAGAGUGAAGCUGGACGGUUCUAACCCUUUGUCUGAUGAAUCAAAGGUAGCUGAUGAAGAGGCAGAAGAUAAAAUCGGCAUUUCUGCAGUUAAAGUCUUAGCCAGUACAGUGGGGACUCAGGGCACUAUGACUUUAAGAGCUUCUAGAAGCAGGAGUAAAAGAAAUGUAAAAUCAGAGGCAUUUCCUAGUCUCCCCAGCACUACUAAAAUCCCACCUACAGAGGAAGUUGAAGGGCCCACAAGGAAAACCCGUAAGAACGUCAAAGAUACAGCCCUUGUAACUCCAGGGUUAUCUUUGAGGUUUAGGGGCUCAAGUAAGGUCUGUCCUACUGGCCUUGUAUUUGGUACAACAAAUAGAAUGCCUGUGAGCAAGGAUGAGGGGAAACCAGAAAAAAAACCCCAAGAAGAGAAAGUUAGAUCCUUAAGAUCUGGAUCUGGGCAAAAAUAUCCAGACCCAAAGGCAUCCCUACUUAGUACAUCUGACUCUGAGGAAUUUGACAAGCCUGUGAGGAAAACCCUAGACAAGCCUAAAGAAAGAACAGUAAAACCGGAGGGAACAUCAUUAAGGACAAGAUACCAAACUAAGUUCGAGAGAGAAGGGCAGCAAUCCAAUUCUCUGCCCAUUAUUUCCAAAAAAAUACCUGCAGAGGAGGGUGAGAAAGAGAGAAGGCUGAAAAAGCAUAAAACUCAAACUCAAGAUGGGCCGUCUAUGAGAUCUAAAAGCAAAGCAAACCCAGCUUUCGAGGGACUUCUGAGUAUAUCCAGUGCAACAGAAACACCACGUGCAGAGGGGACGGCAAAGGUGCCUGUGAAAAGCCAGGAGCCGCAGGAAGCAGGGGCCAGGGCGGAGCUGCGCCUGAGGCCUGGCAGCAGAACCAAGAGCCGCCCCGCUGUGAAGGUGCAGGAGCCGUUACCCGAUCUAGCAGUGCACGCCUCUUGGGAGAAAGAUAAAGUUGCAGGACUUCGAUCUUCUCGAUUGAGAAAGACAAAUGUCACCACACCGCCUUCAGAAAUAAAACAGACCGGGGAAACCGAAGAAAAUCUAACAAAGAAAAUCCAGGCAAAAAAGCCAGAAGACCCAGAGGCAGCAGUAAAUCAGCUGUGCCUGAGAUCUAGAAAAGUUAAAAUCCUUGCCACAGAGACAGCAAACAAAGGAGUCACUUUAAAAGAUGCCAUGGUCUCCAACGCUGAAACUUCAUCCAAAGGACCAAGACACAACCAGCGAGCCAUGCGGAGCGCUAGGCGGUGUGUGACAGAGGAGACAGACACCGAAAACCCAAAACAGGAAAAGAACAACAUUCAAACCAAAAAGAUGAAAACUAGAAAAGACAUUGAAGAUGUUUAGCUGCAAAGUGGAAGAGGAAAAAAAAAAAAAAGGAAAAAACUAGUUUAG